UGCCUUUUUCAUCGGAGUUUUACCAUUACUGCUACUAUAUUACACUCCAAUCGCAAUACGGAAAAGUAGCGGUACCGGAAAAUGUGCUCCACUAAACAAAAACCGAAGCAGAACCUCCACCAUAAGCGCUCCGUCGUGCCUACCUCUACUUCCGCCUCAGGCGGUGAAGGGGGCGGUGGUGGGGACUGGAGGGAAGAAUCCAUAACCGGCGGAUCACUUAAGCAUGUGGAUUUGGACAAGGGAAAAAACGGUUGGGCAUCACCGCCGGGAGACCUAUUCAAUCUGCGAGGGCCAAACUACUUAACGAAAAAGGUGAAAGUACCUUCUGGCGCGUGGCUUCUACAGCCUGCCGGAGUCGAUUGGCUCCGAUCUAACUCCAAGCUCGACAACGUCCUGGCUCGACACGACAACCGUGUGAUGAACGCGCUGAAGAAAUCUCACUCUGAAGGCAAGUCUCUGAAAACCUUCAUAGUCGCCGUGAAUCUCCAAGUCCCUGGGCGUGACCAACACAGCGCGGUUUUCUACUUCGCUACAAACGACGAUGAGCCGCUCGAACCGGGUUCUCUCCUCUAUCGGUUCGUCAACGGCGAUGAUGCGUAUCGUAACAGCAGAUUUAAGAUCGUGAACCGGAUCGUGAAAGGACCGUGGAUCGUGAAAGCCGCAGUUGGGAAUUACUCAGCUUGUAUACUCGGUAAAGCUUUGAAUUGCUACUAUCAUAGAGGCCCUAAUUACUUAGAAAUCGACGUGGAUAUCGGUAGCUCAGCGAUUGCUAGCGCUAUUUUGCACUUGGCGUUAGGGUCGGUAACGUCGGUGACGAUCGAUAUGGGUUUUCUGGUGGAGUCACAGACGGAGGAAGAGUUGCCGGAAAAGCUAUUUGGGGCAGUUAGGAUUUGUCAAAUGGAGAUGAGCUCAGCUACGUUUAUUGAUACGACGUCGUCAAGGAAGGUAUUACCCACUGCUAAUUUACAUAAUCCUAGCAAUAGUAGCAGAGUCCAAGCUGAGGAGAACGUUGAAAACAAAGAUGAUUAAGAAGAAAUUAAAACAAAAUUACUUGAUAUUAUUCU